AUGGGCAUAAACUCGUCAAACCCAGCUCAUGAACCCGCGAUUAUCCCGCCGCAGACAAUGGAUAAUAAACCAGUCUUGGACCAAAAGCCCACUGCAGACAAAGUGGUAAACGGAUUCACCUCUCAUGCGAAUGGCGUCCAUGAAACGUUCACUUGCAAGGAUGCUCCAGUCGAGAACCAACGGCCUCUCAAGGUCCGUGUAAUUGGCGCUGGGUACUCAGGCGUCUACCUCGGCAUCAGAAUUCCCCAGCGUCUGCGCAACAUCGAUCUCAAGAUCUAUGAGAAGAAUGAAGGCGUUGGAGGAACGUGGUGGGAGAAUCGGUAUCCAGGUUGUGCCUGCGAUAUUCCUUCCCAUUCUUAUCAGUACACCUUUGCCCCAAACAAGGCUUGGUCGGGCUUUUAUGCCCCUGCACACGAAAUUUGCGCCUACAUCGACGGCGUGGCAGAGAAAUACGGUGCCAAGCGCUUCAUUCAUCUCGGACACAGAGUGACCAACGCAACUUGGAAUGAUACCGCCAAGAAAUGGCACGUCACGGUUGAGACCAACAAAGGAGAGACCAUCUCCGAGGAAGUAGAUGUCGUUGUUGCAGCGAGAGGUAACCUCAACACAAUCUCCUGGCCGGACAUUCCUGGCUUUGAUACCUUCAAGGGCAAGAAGAUGCAUUCGGCAGCCUGGGACCAAGAAUAUGACUUCAAGAACAAGAAUAUUGGUGUCAUCGGUGGUGGAUCGAGCUCGAUUCAGAUAGUGCCGGAGCUGCAAAAGGUGGAGGGUGCCAAGUUGAACUGCUUCGUUCGCAGCAAGGUCUGGAUAUCGAACCGUUUCGGCGAUGUUACGAUGAAGCAAUUGGGAUGGGAUCCUUCUGACAUUGAGUUCUCAGCCGCUCGUUUGGCAGAAUUCGUCAAGAGUGAUGAUGAAUAUCUUCGCUUUCGCAAGCGCAUCGAGGACGACGGCAACUUGGUUCAUCUCUCAACACUUCGAGGCUCAGACAUGCAGAAAGAGUUCGUGGCCAUGUUUUCAAAAAUCACCAAUGAUGUUCUCGCUUCACGACCCGAUCUUCUAGAAUCGUUCUCACCAGGCUUUGGUGUUGGAUGUCGGCGUCUGACACCGGGACCAGGCUAUCUCGAGGCAUUGUCCCAACCCAACGUCACCUUCAUCACCCAAGGCAUCGAGAGUAUAAACGAGAGGGGCCUGAAGCUCAGUGGACCCGAAGGCCGACAAGUCGACGUCGAUGUGUUGGUCUGCGCAACGGGUUUCCAGACCAACUACACCCCUCCUUUCCCUGUCGUCGGCAAACAAGGAGUAACGUUGAAGGAGAAGUUUGAUCCGUUCCCUGCGACGUAUCUCACUAUGACAGUAGAUGGCUUCCCAAACUACUUCAUGAUGCUCGGACCUAACUCAGCUAUUGGUGCCGGCUCCUUGACUUGUCUGCUAGAGGCAGAGGGCGAUUAUAUCGUCAAGUGCAUCCGCAAGCUCCAGAAAGAGGACUACGUGACCAUGACGCCCAAAGCAUCGCGUGUUCAAGACUUUGCAGACUACAUUGGCGAGUACUUCAAGAAGACAGUCUACAUGGACGACUGUAAAUCUUGGUAUAAGAUUGGGGGCGGACAUGGCGAAAAGAUCUCAGCUCUUUGGCCCGGAAGUGUCAUGCAUGCACUAGAGGCAAUGAGGGCACCGAGAUGGGAGGACUUUGAGUUUGAGGAGAUGCACGAGAAUAGACUUCGAUGGUUGGGCAAUGGCUGGAGUAUGUGUAUUAUGGAGGAGGAGGAGCAGGGUGAUCCGAGUUGGUAUGUUAACCCGGAUGUAGUAGAUGUGCCCCCUGAAGGGAAGCCAGAGAGAGAUCCCAAGUAUCUAGCCAGACCUUUCUCGUAUUAA